AUUUAUGUUAUUAACAAUGAUACUAAUUCAAAACUUUACACUGGUUUGCUAUUAAAAUCACCGAAUUACAAACAAAAUUAUGAUAAAAAUAAUUUAUCUGAUAUGCCUAUAUUAAUGGUACAAGGAAAUAAAUCAUUUUUGGUAGCCAUACAUAAUUGGUUAACUGAACAUUUUGAUUGUGUUAUUAGGCCAUAUGAAUUUGCUUUAUAUCAAUUUCUAUGGCUUAUUGCUAUAUCAAUGUGUGAUGCCGGACAAUUAUACAAUGAAACCGUUUUAUACCACUAUAUCUACAAAUGUGAAUCAUCAAAGGGUCAAAUGGAUGUGAAAUGUUAUGCCGAAUCAGAAUUCCUUCGAUCGGUUCUUGCUAAACUUUCAUUGAAUCGAUCAUCUUCUGAAGCCACUUCAUUUCAUUAUUCAGAUUUAAUAAAAGUUCAAUCUGAUAUAGAGGAUCAUUUUAAAAUAACAAGUGGAAUAAAUGUUUCAAAAUUAAAAUUGAAAGCAUUUGAAGCACCAAAAGUUGCUUCAAUUAAUGUUUCUGGAAAAAUUCAUGUUUGGUCAUCAACACUUAUCGAUUUAAUGUUAAAAUAUCUUAUGGAACUACAAAACAAUAAAUGUAUGCCUUAAAAAUGCAUAAAAAUUAGUA